UUUUAAGGCUUUUUCGAUUAUUCCUCUCUUGGUUGUGUGUGGUCGCCUUGAACUCAUCAACCUCCGGUCUCUAUCUACUUAGUCUGGAGAGACAUCCUUCCAAACCUCAUCUCAUUGACUCGGAAGUCUGGGUGUCAGAGGCUACUGUCUAAUCUACUCCCCAGGAUGGUUUCUGUGAGGAUGCUGCUGCUCUCUGUGGCCCUCCUGCUCUGCGGGUGUCUGGGCACACAGGGUGGCAACGUGCUGGUCUUUCCCGGAGAGUACAGUCACUGGCUCAACAUGCGAGUGAUCCUGGAGGAGCUAGUGGAUAGGAACCAUAGUGUUACCGUGCUGGUGUCAACCGCCUCUCCGUCCGUCGACUUCUCCAGGCCAGAGAAGUUCGGCUUCAAGGUUUACGAUGUACCCCAUGAAAAACAAGACUGGCAGGCUCUCAAUGAUGACUUCAUAAAGUGGUGGAUGAACGAGUCUCACAACACGUCCAUGCUGCAGCUGGGACAGUGGAUCCGAGACUUCAUGCAGAAAAUGAAUGUUCUGACGGUCAACAUGUGUAAGUCUAUGUUCGAUAACAAAGAGCUUCUGGAGUCACUGAAACAGUCCAAGUUUGACGCGCUCCUUUCUGAUCCGAUGUUCCCGUGCAGUGACUUAAUCGCGGAUGCUCUUGACUUGCCUCUGAUUUUCUCCUUGAGGUUCUCAUUUGGCAUGGUGUUAGAGAGGCAAUGUGCACAGAUGCCAGCACCCUCCUCUUACGUCCCUUCCCCGGAAUUGCCGUACACGGACAAAAUGAGUUUCUUUGAGCGGGUCCACAAUUUUAUUACGUAUACUUUUUUUGAUAUCUUUAUGAAUGUACACUUACUAACGACCAUGGACACUUUGUACAGUGAGAUAAAGGGAAGUCCGACUAGGUUCUGUGAGAUGAUGGGGAAGGCUGACAUCUGGUUGAUACGAACAUACUGGGACAUUGAGUAUCCUCGACCUUUCCUGCCAAACUUCAAAUUUGUGGGAGGACUUCACUGCAAACCUGCAAAGCCACUUUCAGAGGCCAUGGAGGAGUUUGUGCAGAGUUCAGGAGAUGACGGCAUCGUAGUGUUUUCACUGGGCUCCAUGGUCAAGAACCUGACUACAGAGAGAGGAAACACCGUAGCCACUGCAUUGGGACAGAUACCACAGAAGGUGCUGUGGAGAUACAGUGGGGAGAAACCAGAGACCCUGGCUCCCAACACAAGACUUUAUGAGUGGAUUCCACAGAAUGACUUACUAGGGCAUCCGAAGACCAAAGCCUUCAUCACUCACGGUGGAACCAACGGACUCUAUGAAGCCAUCUACCAUGGAGUUCCUAUGGUGGGUAUCCCUCUGUUCGCUGACCAGUCAGUCAACGUCAUGCACAUGAAGAACAAAGGAGCGGCUGUCGUCAUGGACUUCAACAAGAUGACAUCCAAAGAUCUGACAGAAGGACUCAACUCUGUGAUCAAUGAUCCAUCGUACAAAGAAAACGUGAUGAGGCUUUCCAGUCUCCACCACGACCAGCCAAUGAAGCCAUUGGAUACAGCAGUGUUCUGGAUUGAGUUUGUGAUGCGCAACAAGGGUGCCAAGCACCUGAGGGUGGAGUCCCAUAACCUGAGCUGGUACCAGUACCACUGUCUGGACGUGAUCGCUGCCCUGCUCUCCGUAACGGCACUCUUCAUUAUAGUCUCAGUUAAAACAUGUACUUUCUGCUUCAGGAAAACUAAAGCAAGACCGAAGACAGAGUGACUACCUUGGU